GUUGGAGGGAGAGGGGGGUACAGAGCCAGCCAGGCCGCCAGUUCCCAUAGCUGCGGAGCAGAGCGUGCUGCCAUGGCGCUGGCCAGGCCACGGACCCGGGACCCCAGGUUCCCAGCCCCUUUCUUGCUGCUGAUGCUGCUCUGGGCCCCUGCCCUUGCCCUCCUGGCCGGAACAGAGCCUUCAGAGGCUCAGAGUGCCUGCGCCUCAGACCCAUGCUCUCCAGGGACCCAGUGCCAGGCUACGGAGAGCGGCUACACCUGCGGGCCCACCGAGCCCCAGGGCUGUGCCACCCAGCCCUGCUACCACGGCGCGCUGUGUGUGCCCCAGGGUCCAGGUCCUGCCAACUUCCGCUGUUACUGUGUGCCUGGGUUCCAGGGUCCCCGCUGUGAGCUGGACAUCGAUGAGUGUGCCUCCCGGCCCUGCCACCACGGGGCCACCUGCCGCAACCUGGCCGAUCGAUAUGAGUGCGACUGCCCCCUUGACUAUGCAGGUAAUGGCCCUGGCUGUGCCCGGGGGAGAUUCUGUGAUGUCCAUCCCAUUGGCUCAGAGUGUGGAGUCAGCGAUUCAGUUUUGACUUUAGUAGAGACACCCCCACCUCCUUUCCAGGCAUCCUGGCAGCUCUCAGGGACAGCCACGCUAGGUCCUGACACUUCUGGGGCUGCCCUGGCAGCUCUGGGCUACAGCGGCGAGCUGUGUGAGGUGGACGAGGACGAGUGUGCGGCAGGCCCCUGCCAGCACGGGGGCCCCUGCCUGCAGCGCUCCGACCCGGCCCUCUACGGGGGCGCCCAGGCUGCCCUCCCUGGUGCCUUCAGCUUCCGCCAUGCUGCCGGCUUCCUGUGCCGCUGCCCUCCCGGCUUUGAGGGGGACGACUGCAGCGUGGACGUGGACGAGUGUGCCUCCCGGCCAUGCCUCGGUGGAGGCAGCUGCCAAGACCUGCCCAACGGCUUUCGGUGUCACUGUCCAAGUGGCUACACAGGCCUGACGUGUCAGGAGGAAGUGGACGAAUGCCGGUCGGAGCCUUGCCUCCACGGGGGGACCUGUGAUGACAUCACGGCAGGCUACACCUGCCGGUGCCUGGAGGACUGGGGUGGGCAUGACUGUUCUGUGCAGCUCACUGGCUGCCAGGGCCACACUUGCCCACUGGCUGCGACCUGCAUCCCUACCUUUGAGUCUGGAGUCCACGGUUAUGUCUGCCGCUGCCCACCUGGUACCCACGGACCUGCUUGUGGCCAGAAUACCACCUUCUCCAUGGUAGCUGGGAACCCUGUGCGGGUAUCAGUACCAGCCGGUGGGCCCCUGGGUCUGGCACUGAGGUUUCGCACCACCCUACCUGCUGGUGCCUUGGCCACUCGCACUGAUACCCAGUACAGCUUGGAGCUGGAGCUGGCACUGGCGGCAGCCACACUUCAGGCCACACUCUGGAGCCACGGCAAUGCCGUUCUAGUCCUGAGGCUGCCAGACCUGGCCCUAAAUGAUGGCCACUGGCACCGAGUGGAGGUGACACUCCGCCUCGAGGUCCUGGAGCUGCGGCUCUGGCAUGAGGGCUGUCCUGCCCAGCUCUGCGUGGCCUCCAGCUCUGUGCCCCAGGCUCCUGCAGCCUCCCCGGCCACGCCGCCUGCCGGGUUCCGCUCUGUCCAGCUGGGUGGCGCAGACUUUGCAGGCUGCCUACAGGACGUCCAUGUGGAUGGGCACCUCUUGCUGCCUGAAGAUCUUGGGGAGAACGUCCUCCUAGGCUGCAAGCGCCAUGAGCAGUGUCAGCCUCUGUCCUGUGCCCACGGAGGGGCCUGCGUGGACCUGUGGACUCACUUCCAUUGCGACUGCCCCCGGCCCUACAGUGGACCCACAUGUGCUGAUGAGGUUCCUGCAGCCACAUUUGGCUUGGGAGGCGCCCUGAGUUCUGCAUCCUUCCCGGUCCCUCAGCUGCCAGGCCCCAACCUCACGGUGUCCUUCCUCCUCCGCACUCGGGAACCUGCUGGCCUGCUGCUCCAACUUGCCGACGAUUCGGCAGCUGUCCUGACAGUGUUCCUGAGCAAGGGCCAGAUCCGGGCCGAUGUGCCGGGCGGUCCUGCUCUGGUGCUGCCCGGACCCUGGGACGAUGGGCUUCGCCGCCUGGUGACACUCAGCUUCGGGUCUGAGCAGCUGCAGGGCUCGGGGCUGCAGGUGCACGUGGGUGGGAGACGCCUCCCUGCGGACGCCCAGCCUUGGGGUGGGCCCUUCCGCGGCUGCCUCCAGGACCUGCGACUCAAUGGCCUCCACCUCCCCUUCUUUCCGCUGCCGCUGGGGAACGCAAGCCAGCCCCGCGAGCUGGGCAGCAGGCAGGCCUGGAACCUCACCGCGGGCUGCGUCUCUGAGGACAUGUGCAGGCCCAACCCCUGUCUCAACGGUGGGACUUGCCUGGUCACCUGGAAUGACUUCCACUGCACCUGCCCUGCCAACUUCACAGGGCCCACGUGUGCCCAGCAGCUGUGGUGUCCCGGCCAGCCCUGCCUCCCGCCUGCCACCUGUGAGGAGGUCCCUGAUGGCUUUGUCUGUGAGUUGCCGGUCCUGCCAGAGGGGUGCCGCCUGAAUGUCACCUGCCCGUGUGAGGGUGGGCCUCAGGGUGCCAACUGCAGCUGCCAGGAGGACUUUGCUGGCCAGAGGUGUCAGCUCUCCUGUGAAGCCAACCCCUGCCUGAAUGGGGGCACCUGCCGGGUGGCUGCUGGGGCGUCCGAAUGUGUCUGCGGCGCAAGGUUCUCGGGCCAGUUCUGUGAAGUGGUGAAGGACCUGCCACGGCCACUGCCGUUCCCGCUGCUGGAGGUGGCAGUGCCUGCAGCCUGCGCCUGCCUCCUCCUCCUCCUCUUGGGCCUCCUCUCAGGGAUCCUGGCAGCCAGAAAGCGCCGCCAGUCAGAGGGCACCUACAGCCCGAGCCAGCAGGAGGUGGCCGGGGCCCGGCUGGAGAUGGACAGUGUCCUCAAGGUGCCACCCGAGGAGAGACUCAUCUAGGCCUGGCUGCCAGCGCCAGCACCUACGAGGCCACGGACAGUUUCCACCUGGAUACCCGAGGAGGCCGCUUCCAGGAGGCCUUUGGGACGUGGCUGCCCCUUCCAGGCCUUGGGAGCUGGUGCAGGGCCCAGCAUACUUGCUGGAGAAGUGUCCCCUCUGCUGGCACCCCCUGCCUCUGUCCCACCGUGGACUGAGGAAAAGGGGGGCACUCAGGGCAGCAGAGAGGGCCUGGCAAGGCUGGACGAAUCCCUCGGGCCCAGCAGGCCUUGCCUCAGCAGAUGUGCAGCUGUGCAGGGCAGGGCACACGUGAUGCACAGGGUGUGUUCAGGAGUGAGUGUGUGUGUGUGUGUGUGUGUGUGUAUGCGCGCGCGCGCACUUGCACACACGGUAUUGGUGUGUACCUGGGGACUGCUGAUCUGCAGUAUGGGUGUGUGUGCUGGACUGGGCUCGUGGGUGUGUCCACGUCUUUGCUGUGCGUGCAGGUGACUGUAGUGGGUGCAGGCCAUCCCACGAGGGGAUGGCUGGGCCGGGGGGACAACCUUCACCGCUCGGGCAGGGGCAAGCCAAGGAUGAACACUCGUGGAGGCCAGGCUAGGGCUUGCCCAAGGACCAAGGCCCCCGUCCCAGUCUCCCUCCUCUGGAGGCAGCUGGGGAAUCGGGGAGGCCACAGCCAGCGGCCAGGUGCUCCUGGCUCCCUGGACAAAUGCUGCUUCAGGACCGUCUGCAGGAACAGACCACGGCCAGGGCAGAGGAGGCGCGGGGGCGGGGGUGCUGCUGGUGUCUGGGCCAGGCAGCCUCCUCAGGGCCUGUCACUGGAGGGGGGAGAGCAGCCCGCCCCCUCCCAGGCAGGGCUGUGAGGAUCAGUGGGGAUGACAGUGGGAAAGAACUUGAAGUCGCUGAACUCGGGUCUGCUGUGAAGGCUGUCUGGGUGUCCUUUUAGGUGUCAGGAGUUGAGGGAAAGACAGGGUAAGGGCCUCCCUGAGGGGAUGAGGAUGAAGGAGCAGCCCCUCCCCCCACAGCUCUGGGUUCCCAGCUCUUCUGCGGGGACCACUCCACCUGCAGCCCAAUCGCUAAAGGCUUCUGGGAGGGCCCAGGGGAGGGCUCAAGGGAGGCCCUCGGGUGUGCUGGCGCCGCCUGUCUGCUCGUCUUGCAGUCACACAUGCAGGAACUUUGCUUCCCCUCUUCUCCUCGGUGGUGCCCUGACACUGGGGUCUCUGAUCCCGGGGGAUACCUACCUGCCUGAGUGCCUGACCUCCGCAGGGCUUCACAGCCCUUUUGUCCUGCCUGUGUGCCAGGCCAGUGCCUCCUGUGCCAGCGUGCCACGGCCACUUCUGGUACCAACCACUGAGCCACAGCACUGCUGUGGUUAUGAUUUGGCCAACCUUUGUUCCUACGGAUCCUAAGAUAUUUUCUGUGGAACCCCAACAUAUAAAAUCUGGGCCACUCUUUUUUGGGGGGAGCCCAUUGUUUCCUUUUGCUCCUAAGGCACCGUCAUUCUCCAGGCAGCCUGGGGCGGGGGAGGGGACAGAUAAUGGGUGUGCUUCUCACCCACUCGGUGCAUCUCCCUUUCCAACACCAACACGACACGGCAGAGCUGCAGGUGCCAAGGUUCCCUCGUUAGUGAGACCUCCAGAUGCCCCCUGAACGUGUUCCUUCCUGGGCACCCUCUGCACAGGUGACCCGCAGCCCUACUCCGGGACCCAGCAGGCCUGGGACCAGCACACCCGAUGCCCUGCUUGGGAGGGAGAGGCCGAGCUGGGCUCAGAGGCCCAAAUGAGAACAAGCUUGGGAGUGGGCCAGGGGUCAGAUGCUUCCCUGGCUGCUGCCGCCACAGGAGGGGUCCUGAAGGUGGCUGAGGCCUCCCUCCCUCCCUUCCUCAAGGACACAGGGUACCAGCCUUCUCCCCAAGGAGUUUUUCUUGAACGCUCACACGAACUUCCUCCUUUGGUUUGCUCAUGGGAACAAGGAGCAGCCACCAGCCCCAGUGCAGCCAGAGAUCACGGGGUGGGCUCCGCUCCUGGGGCCACAGUACGGCUUCACUCAUACGCCCACCGAUGGGCUGCCCUGUCCCCAACGGGUUCAGAACUGGAAUCUACAGAAACACCUGAGUGUCCUGGCGGCACCCACAGCCCCACCUGACACCCCUCUCCCAAGCAGCUGGGAGAUUCACAGAAGACUUGCCUGAGGGGCCGUGGCUGACUCCAGGAGGAGCCAUGUGCGGGACCAGCAGCUCUUCGCACCCCUUUGUCAGAGCGAACCUCAGGGCAGGCCUCACCCACCCAGGGGUGGCCUCCCAGCCCCUCAGUCACCAACAAGGCUCCUUGGGGUUCUGGGGGCCUCCAGAGACCUCCUUGCCCCAUCAGAUACCUCUGAGACGGUCUGGCCAACACAAAUAGGAAAUGAGAAAUCAGGUCAAAAUGCUCACAAUUUCCUGCACGUCUCAGAUGGUUGUUUUCUUAAAUGUUUGGGUCACAUUUCAACUUGGUUUAUUGAAACUAGUCAAUUUCAAGAUUCAUUAAAUCAAUAAAGUAAAAAGGAAAAGAAAGAGAAACAAUAACAAAACAUUUCAAUUUAGCUUUGGUAACACUGGCCUCAGGAAUUUCUUUGCUGGCGAGAUUGCGAGGGGGCAGGGCGGGUGCUCCAGCCCUUCCUCCCGGCUGCUAGUCCCCUCCCCGGGACCUGGAGGAGGGCGCAGGGCCCGCCCCUUCCUGACCCCGGGCAGUCGGACUCCUGGGUCAAGCUUGGCCUUCCAGUUGGAACAGUGCCUGCUGCUCAGUUCUGCCCCAACAGCCCCCAAGAUAAGAGGCUGAGCCCCAUUAGA